UGAAAACACUUGUUAAACAAUAUGACAUUGACAUAUCAGGGGUUGUAUGUGAUUUAUUCUUUUCGUAUAAAGACUUUAAUAUUAUCAAUCGAUAUUUAUGUUAGCUCAGGGUUGUGAUAAAGUCGUAUCAUAUAAUUUAUGAUACAUGUGAAUACGGAAAUAUAUUUUACUUUAAUGUGAACACGUGAUCAAUGGAAAAACAAACAAGAAUUCUCGUCUGCGGCGGUGGUAAUGGCGCUCACUGUCUUGCAGUCACUGCUGCAGCUCUCAAAAAUGUAGAAGUACAUAUAAUGACGUUGUUUAAAGACGAAGCAAAACGAUGGUCCGAUAUAGUUGGAGAUGGUGGGAUAUCCGCUGAGGUGACCACAAGUGAUGGAAAGAAAUCAGAAGUCACUGGGAAACCACGAUUGAUAACUAAUAAUCCGGAAGCGGCUAUGGAAGGAGUUGAUGCAGUUUUCUUUGUUGUUCCUGCGUUUGCUCAUCAGCAGUAUUUUGAUGCCAUUUUGAAAUAUAUCAAACCAAACACUAUCAUAGUGGGGAUGCCAAGCCAAGCAGGAUUUGAAUUUCAAGCUUUUAAAAGCCUUAAAUCUGUUUCAACUUAUGCAAUUAUAAGUAUGGAGUCGUUACCAUGGGCAUGUAGAGUAGUAGAAUUCGGCAAAAGAGUUCAACUCUUAGGUUACAAAGAUGUUCUUGGGGUGUCUGUAGUAUCCGCAGGAAAAGGCAACUACAAGAUGCCACCUCUAGAAUAUGCUCAAGCAAUUUUAGGCCCUAAACCGCACUUAGAAUUAAUUCAGAACUACCUCGCAGUUAACCUCAUGGCUAAGUCGAUUGUGCACCCUCCUAUUUUAUAUGGAAAAUGGAAGGAUUGGGAUGGUAAACCACUUGAAGAAGCUCCUCUCUUCUACCAAGGUAUAGAUGACAUUCAGGAGUCCUUACUAACCAAAGUUAGUGAUGAAGUCCUUGAAACUGCAGCAGAAAUCAAUAGACAGAGAAAAGACCUAGACAUGACAAAAGUUAUUCAUAUCUACGACUGGUACAAAGUUUAUUAUAAGGAUCAGAUUUCGGAUAACAGUUCUCUCCAAGCAUGCAUGAAAACAAAUAGUGCCUAUGACGGCCUUAUCCAUCCAAUGAAAAGGGUAGAAGGGGGUCUCGUGCCUGAUUUUAACUACAGAUAUUUAUCGGAAGAUAUUCCUUUUGGGUUAGUUGUUAUCAAAGGAAUUGCGGAAUGCGUUGGAGUGAAGACACCUACAAUGGAUACAGUAAUUGCAUGGGGACAAAAAAAGCUUGGAAAAGAAUAUAUAAUCGGGUCAAGUCUGACCGGGAAAGAUGUUUCAAGUACUAGAGCACCACAGGCGUACGGAUUCAAUACAUUAGAAGAUGUAAUUGGACAUUUAUAGGAUGCUCCAUUAAUUCAGGGGCUGUUCCAUAAUUGUACUAUCUUUUUUCCUUUAGUUUUAACGGUAUACCUUUUUAUAGAACCGUUCAAAUCAAUGUUAAUACGUAGUGUCGUUUUAAUUUAUACUAUGACCGGCCAAACACGGAUCUAUAGCUGUCGGAGGCUUGUUUCGUCCUUUUAAAUAUCUGAAAGGUGAAUAUGCUAUUUUAAAUGUAACUUUCUGAUAGCUCUGCUAGUGCAAUUCAUAAUAAUUGUUCAUAAUGGUUUUACAAAAUUGAAUUUUAAUAUGUUUUAGUAAUCUAUAAGCAGGUAUGUCACAUCUUGUCAAAUUUAUUAUUGAUUUAGAUAUGGAUAUUUUUAUUUCAAGUCUUUCAAAUUCAAAUUUUAAAAUUUUCAAGUAAAGUCUUAGAAUUGCGUACCAAAUUCUACUUUUUAAUGAGUGCGAGCUUAACUGCUAGUGAUACUGCAUUAUGGUUUAAGAUAAUAUUGCCUUAGAUUAGAAAUAGAUAAUUGUAUUCUACUUCAGGGUGGUUUUUGUUUGUUUUAUAUCCCAAUGUUUUAUACCAAUUUUAUAUUCUUGUUGAAUAAAGAAAUCUAAAUAAUUGUAUGAGAACAAA